AUGAGGUGUACAAGAUUUCGAUUUGCCGCAUUUUUGUUUAUUUGUAGCUUGGUUUUUGUUGUACAGAUUUUUAUUUUGUUCCCAGAAACUUACCCACGGAGAAUGCGGUUAACAGCUCUGUUAUCCGGCAAAUGGAAUGGCAAAAUGAGGAUUUCUGGUGAGUAAACGUUGCGAGAAGUCUUGAAUUCGUUACUCUUCAGGUUAAAUAGUACUCUCAUUUCUGAUUCUUAACGCACAAAUAGGUAACAUGUUGGUGUAGCUCUUCAGAUGGAAGCAGAUUUGAAAGGGAAAGGAUUUUUCAUAUAUCCCUAAGACAUCGACUUUUCGCGGUGUAAUGUUACUUCAGUUAGUAACAGAACUGAAGCAUAUUUUAAGAUUUUUUUAUAAAACAAUUUCCGGUGAAUCACAUUACUGAAAUGUUUACCAGAUGUUGUUUUUCAUUUGCGAACAGAGCGUGCCGCUGAUUGUUUUACAUACAGAUAACAGUAACUUUUUGCGCGAAUGAAAAGUUAAAAUUCUGCGGGUUUCCUGUUCUGAUUUGAAGAGAUUUUUUUUGUGAUAGUCUGGCUGAUUUGUAUUGUUAUACCUCAACUGAGCGAACACCAAUGGAUUUGAAUGAAGAAUGCAGUGAUGCUUGAUCACAGAAGUCGGCUGAAUGACGUGUGGUACUAAAGAUUAGUCGAACUAAUGACUAACGUGAUGUUUUGAUUGAUAGCAUGGUUCAACUUAUUACUGUGACAUAAACCGUUAAUAAAUUAAACAUUGUGCAUUCUAUUUUAGCCCUUUAAUAGAUUCUUGAGAGUUUCACUAGCAUAAACUUUUAGCAUUCUAACCACGCAUAAUUUGAAUGAACUAGAAUCGAAAGAAAAAUUUCAUUAAUUAUUUGGAUGUGUGCACUUUGAGCGACACAGCUGUGCAGUAAACAAAUAAACCGGGAUGAUGAAACGGUCCUUUUGAACGGGAAUUUGUGACUUUUUCACCUUCUUUUGUAUUUUUUUUGUGUGACGAUAAUAUUUAUUUGGUGGAGAAUGUUAGAAUUACGUAAUGGUUGCGUGAGAAAUUAUUUUCACCAAGGACUAGUGAAUUAGGUAAGAGUAAAGCGUGUAAAUUUUUUUUCUUUCCUGAUUCCUAAAAAAAAAUAUGUAGUGAAUUUAUUAGGUGUGUGUGAUGUCUUAAAAAAAUUAUUUGGACUACAGGGGUGGUGGAAUCGGACUAAACGUUUAUCAAUCCACAAAAGGCUAGCCAUAAUUUCUAGUGAUGUUAAAAAUACUAGUACCACCAAACUGUCCAUCACAAGCCUUAAUUACAAAGUGCCAUAAAUAGUGUUUCCAUGCAGGUGAAAGAGAGUACCUCGAUACAUGCAUACCAGAGUAUACUGUUUGUUUCUAAAGAAACAGUUGGGCUGUAAUGGUAAACAAGUAAAGUUAUUAACAUGAGUUCAUCAUUUAGCUUUAAUUUUAACAUUAAAAAAUUGUUUUUUAGAGGAAAUGUUUUUUUUCUGUUCUUGUAGCUGUAAAUGGGAAAUUUUAGUAAUUUUAGGGAUUUGGGACAAAAUGGUUUCCAAAGCAUUGUAUCAAGUCCCCCAGAAUUUACUGAAAAUUAAACUCUAUUGAAAAUCUAAAUUUUUUUUUUGUGCUACUUUCCUAAAAACAUUUUACUGAUUUGUUCCCAAUUUUUCUAAAGCAUUUUGUUUAUUAUUUACCUUUAUGAACCCAAUUAUAUAGAAUGCUAGCUAGUAAAUACAAGUUAACUCCCAUUUUUUUUAACAACUGAACUAUCUAUCUUUGCAUUUGUUGUUGCCAUUAAACCCUUACACCCGAACAUCAGUAUGCAUAUUCUUCAUACUGUUCUCUAAACUUUUCCUAAUACGCUGGCAAGGAGAAUUUGUCUUACAAGCAUAAGCUUCUUUAGUUGGUGAUCAUUUCCUUUAUUCUCAUGACCUUAAUGUUUGAUUCAGGGAGGAUAUGGUAAGAAGAAAUUAAAUGCUAGUCACUCUAAGGGGUUAAAGGGUUAAAUAUACAAUCUGGAAAUCAUAAUUUGCAGUAUUUGUUGUCAACCUUAUGUUUUCUUUUGUAGAUGCUAGAGGAAUGAGUGUGAAUAGCCCUGUGGUAAGUGGAAAAUUUUUAUAUUUGCUCUUCAAAGUAAUUUCUAAUCAGCUGCUUAGUGGUGAGAUUGCAAAGCUUUUUGCAUGAUGCACUGCAGCUUAACAUUUAGAUAUUGUUCUGUCUUCAGGGCAGAAGUAAGGAAGUAAAUUUUAAUUUACAGGAUAAUAUAUUCUCUAGAUCUGAAUGAAAGUAGCUUAGGGCCAGGUUGCUCAAGAGUGAAUUCAAAUAUUUACUGAUUUUUUGUGAGCCAAAAAUUGGUAGAAAUUUUGCAAUUUCCAAUUUGGCGGUGGUUGUAUCAAACUAGUAUCCUCUGAUGAAAACUUUAUUGAUUGACACAUACUUCAAUGCUAAAUGCAUCUCCCUCUAUGAAAAGAUAAAGAAAAAAUUCUUGCUUGAAUUACUGGGCAAGAAUGGAUCAUCAAUGAAUGAUUAUCUUCGUAGCUUUUGGGUUUUUGUGGAAUUUUGCAUAGAAUUUUUAUAUAGUUGAUAUAUUAUCAGUAGGCUUCUAUGCAGCUAGUACCAGCUUUUAUGUAGAAGACAAAGACUGCUUGAAUAGAGCUUGUUUACAAAACCAUCUUUGGUUGAGGUCUCUGCGUCUGGCGGAGUCAUGGUUCAAGAUUGGGACCAUGUACAGGGCGUGAAAUUGCGCCUAAUACAGGCGCCAAUGCGACUAAAUUUUUCCCUUUGGCGACCAAACCUUGAAAAUUAGUCGCCAAAUUGGCGACUAGAAUGUUUCAUCACAACCUCACCGAGAGAUAUAGUGAAUCAAAAAGAUUUGCAAAGAUAAAUCCGCGGCAAACUUCCUCGUUAAGUUUGUUUCCAAAACUCAGAUCAAGUAUCUCAAUCGAUAACUAGCCGCCAUCUUGGAUUUAGGUGAGCUUGAACGUUGUAUAUCAUGCAUCCUAGUGUCCACUUUGUAGAAUGUUAGAGAUCUUUUCCCUUAAUUAAUUUUGGAGGGUCUAUCUUAAACGUUGACAGCGUAAAAAAAGGUUUUGUUUGUCUUUGAAAAUGGCGACCAACUUUUUUUUAAUUGGCUACCACUUUGAAGAAUUUAGAAGCCAAGUGGCUAUCAGAAAAAAAAAAAUUAAUUUCACGCCCUGAAUGUAUCAUACUUUGCUUUCUUUUUUUCCUGCCAAUCUUUUUGGUUGCAGCUUGCACCACUCGUACUGGCUUCGAAUAUUCUAAUGAAAGGAGAAGUACUUGUUGAAGCCAAUUGUUCUCCAAAUUGCCACCAGUGACCAGGCUCAGGGUACCAGUCAGACAUUUGAAUGAUAAAAAUGUCACUCAGACUCCUUGUUUCCUUUAAAUGAAAACUGAAGGUCAGAUGGACCAGGAAAAAAUUUUGUCUUGCCAUUGUGCACACCAAACUACACUAGUGGACCAUGGUGUAUAUUAAAUUUCAUCUAGACAUGUCUUGCAUACUGUUACAGCUGAAUGGUUAAAUAAAAACAAGAUUGUUUGGUUUGCCAAAAUUUGGAAGCCUCCAAGGCAGGAAAUCAGCUCCUUUGAAGAUUGGCAAAAUUUUUGGCAAUCUGCAAAAAAAUUGGCAAGUUUUUCAAAGUUAGCGGUUGCACUUAUUUUACACUACUUGUUCACAGAGUUAUCAAAAAAAUAAACAAAAAAAAAAAGCUCUAGUACAACCUGGGCCUUAGUAAGUCAUAAUCUAUGCAGAUAAUUCAGAAUAAUAGCCCAAGAAGUUCUGUAGGGUAGAUGGAGAAUUCUUUGAUCCCAUUCCCACACAAACACCCUUAUUUAGUAGGUAGACUGUAUAUCAGUCAUAUCAGACCCACACUACCAUCAGACUGCAAGUUCAGCUCAUGGUGUUUUUUCUUAAGUGAAACAAAGUACUUCAUUCAUGAGAAAUUGACCCAGUGUCAACUGACUGUUGCUUCUCUAUUAUUGACAAUGAAACGGGGGGGGGGGGGGGGCAUAGGGAGCAUGUCUGAUUUUUGGCACAGUUUGUAUGAAGUAAUAUAACUAUUUCAAUGUUUUCACCUUCAAGACCUUGGUCACCUUCAAGACCUUGGUCACCUUCAAGACCUUGGUCACCUUCAAGACCUUGGUCACCUUCAAGACCUUGGUCACCUUCAAGACCUUGGUCACCUUCAAGACCUUGGUAACAGUUCCCCUUUCUAACUCCUAUAAAUUUCCUCGUAAGUUGUUCAGGAGAAACUGUUACAUGAACAUGUGAAUCCCCACUUGUGUUUUACAUCUGACAAAUGCAUUUUUACCACAGGUCACAAGUGGGCAAAGAAAGAAAUCAGUAAAAGACGUGUGUGGAAACAUGCAAAAGUCAUGGGAUUCUCUUUCCAAAGAAGAAAAACAGAUCCUAGGAAAACAUAUUCUAGUAAAUGAUGAGCACAAAUUUUUGUAUUGUUCUGUACCAAAAGUUGCAUGCUCAAACUGGAAGAGAGUAAUGAUGGUACUUGAUGGUCAAGCAAUUGACUCCAAUGCUAUUAAGAGAGUAAAUCACCAUUCGUUCACAACGCUGGCAGAUUUCCCCCCACUGGUUGUUAGACACAAACUUCGGGAGUACUACAAGUUCAUGUUUGUGCGAGAACCUUUUGCGAGACUUCUAUCGGCAUUCAAAGACAAGUUUGUCUUAAACAAUACUGCUUUCCACAAAAGGUAUGGAACACAGAUAAUAAGACACGUGCGAAAAAAUGCUCCAGUAAAUUCAAAAGGAAAUGAUGUUAAAGUAGCAGAAUUUUUACAAUAUGUUGUGGACAGUCAUGUGGAGGACAUGAAUGAACAUUGGAUGCCAUUUUAUGAGUUAUGUCAGCCAUGUGUUGUUUCUUAUGACUUCAUAGGAUCCAUGGAGAAUCUGGAAUCAGAUUCUACUUAUGUAUUAAAACAGCUUAAUGUUAAUGAACAAGUUUCUUUCCCCAGACAACAAAAUUAUUACCGAGCAGGUGGGAAAGGAUAUGUCAAAAGCAAGAAAGUCUCAAAUAUACCUCCAGGUUUAAUGAGAAAUGUUUUGAAAAAGUAUGCCUUAGAUUACAAAAUGUUUUCAUAUCAAAUGCCCAAUAAAUGAAAAACUUUAUUCAA